AUGUCAACGUUACCCUUUCUCCUUAGUGUAGCUGAUGAGCUAGACAACUUAAAUUCCCAAAAUUAUAUGGAUGAUUUCGGUUUGGGUUUCCAUCCGCACAGACAAUAUUAUCGCACGCCAACCAUACAACUGUCCUUGCCAGCCAGCACAGAAUGGAUGGAACAGGAGCAGGGACGCCAUCACUCACGCUAUCGAUCCACCUAUCGCUACUAUGGAGAACCACAAAAUAAUCUGCAAUCCCCAACGGAAGGUGAUGAAGAGGACAACGAAGAUCGUGAUAAUUCCACACACGACAAUGAGGGAGGCGCUGGCAGUUCUUCAGCUCAGAAAUAUGUUUCAGCUUUGAAUUCGAACAAUGAAAAGGAUGAUAUUCUUGACAACUCUUUGCAAUUGUAUAAUAUUUCAAAGAAAUGCAGCAAAGAUUAUUAUCGGCAUGGGGAGCCAAGCACCUCAUCAGCCACAACUUUGUCGACAGCAGCAUCAGCAGCAUCCACAUCUAAACCACCACCCCUACCGCCGAGGAGUUCUACUGCAGCAACUGCCUCCAAAGCCAAAGAUGCAAAGCCCAACAUGAGCUAUCGCUUGCACAGCAAAUGCCUCGAAGGCAACAACUCUUCGUCCGAGGAGAGUUUACAAAAAGUCACCUCAUCCAUUGAAUUUCUUACAUGUUUCCUGUUGAAGAAAACCCGUGCCAGCAAAAGUCCCUCAGGCGCUGAAGGCAAAAAAUCUUAG